AUGAUCCAGGUCCCCGGCUCGAUCCCUGAGUCUCACGAGAUCCUAGUGCACAUCGCCGCUGCGAGCACCGCACAAGAUGAUGCACGAUAUAGGGCCCAAGUUGCCGCUAUCCUAGAGUUUCAGUGUGUCUCACGCCAGCCACUGAUGGAGGAAAACGAAUCUUCAACUCUCACCGAUGCAGACAACAUGUAUCCCUUCUCCGCCGGUGCCGCCGUGCAGUCCCCGGUGCUCUCGACGACUCAACACGAGGCUUCGCCAAUAUUGCGGGAGGCGCUCCGGCCCGCAUACGCGACCUUAUCCUCGGAUGAUCGCUUGCUCCCUGAGAAAGAUGGAUCGGCUCCACGCAAGCACAUCAUCUCAAAUCAUCCUGACUCCCUAGAGAGUCUCAUUAGCGUCAUCCCAGACUCCCAACCCGGGAUCGCCGAACUAGUCCGCGCCGAGCAAUCUCGUGCAGAACUAUCGUCUCCAUCGCAGCUCGCUCCACCUCCCAAAAGACGUCGCACUGCCCCGAUCGAGCUCGAUCCAGCUCAAGCAGGUUUAAUUGCAGACGACUGUGCAACGGACCAGCCCGCUGGAUCUCACAGGGUUAUCCCCAUCGAGAACCAGCACCAUGGUCCCCCCACUGGUUUCCCACAAACCCCCAUCGAAAUAGCCAGCUCAGAUCCGGGAAAGGGUCCAGAUGGCUCCAUGGCUCACCCUACCACUCCCUCACAUCACAUGCCGACCAACACCCCAACCCCAACCCCUAAUCACAUCAAUCUAUCCACUCUCCCUCUAGAAAUCCACCCCCCAAGACCCCCAAUCUCCACUGCCCCUUUCACUACCCACAUAACUCCAACCCUAUCCAUGCUCGCAGAGCGUCUAAAGCCAGUACGAACAUACAAACCAUCCACUCAAACCCGCCCCCUAGACCCCCUAGAAAGAGGCUACUGGCUCGUGCACCUCGCUAUCGAGAAUCCUCAAAACCGAGACCGAGAUUCACCCGAUCUUCUUCCCGAUCCAGACUCAAACCCCAAGUCUGAAACCACUAAUCACAUUCAAACUUCAACUACAAAGCCAACCCCAAACCCAAACCCAAAGCUAGAAGAGAACACACAAACCUGGCCCUCCCCGCUCUUCCACGCCUUCUGGUCUUUCCUUUCGGACUUCGUAGGCAAGGACGGUCGUGCAGGAUGGGGCGUCUGGUGCAUUCUCGAAGCUGCGGCGCCAGCUCCGUCAACCCUCUCGCGUGACACGCACGUCUCUCUCAAAGUCUAUGCGUGGGGUGAGGUCGCUAUGCACGUCUACCUUUUGCUAUUCUUGGCUAGUGAGCGGCAGAUUCGUGGGAUGGGUGUUCAGUGGCGGGAUUCGCGCGAGGAGGUUGUUAUUCAGAUGCCGUAG